GGCACUUGGGGUCGCCGAGGACGUCGCGGGGUCCCUUCUCAAGAGCACGCCCAAAGGUGUCCUCUCCGGAGUCCCGAACGUCUCGCUGACCAGCCAGGGUCCCCGGGGCGGAGUCGCCCCGGCUGCUAGGUGCGAGCUGGGAACCGCGCGUGCAGGGGUGAGCGUAGACCACCCUACCGGAGCCGGCCGGACCCUUGGUGCGGCUCCCUUCCCACUCAGCCCCCGAGCCCCGGCUCCUAUCCGAGUGAAUGAGAUCAAGAUCCAGUUUCGGACAUGUGACUCACUGGGUGACCAUUUUAUUGAGAUCAACUUGGAUGACCAGGUGUAAACUGCAAGAGGAAUCACUAUGACUGAGGGAACUCAAAUUUUUUUAUUGCCGACCUCUUCUUUGGGUUCUACAAAAGAAACAAUGCCUCCAGCAGCCUCUAAAGCCCAGGACUCCAGUCCAUUAUCAAACAGACUCCUGAUUGAAAAACAACAGGAGGAAGCAGAAUGGGAAAGCAUAAAUGGGCUGCUGAUGACGCAUGGCUUCAAACCUUUGUGUCUAGUCAAAAGAACCGAUCUCAAAGAUCUCAUCGUUUUUGACAAACAGUCAUCACAAAGAAUGAGGCAGAAUUUGAAAAUGUUGAUAGAAGAAACAACACGUCAGCAGAGCAUGAUACGGGAGCUCAUAGAGAAGAACCAACAGCUUAAAAGUGAACUUCAGCUAGAACAGAACCGAGCGGCACACCAAGAACAUCGAGCCAAUGACCUGGAGCAGAUUAUGGACAGCGUGAAAUCCAAAAUCGGUGAAUUAGAAGAUGAGUCCCUAAACAGGGUUUGCCAGCAACAAAACAGAAUACAAGACCUUCAAAAGGAGCAUAAACUGUUACAGAUGAAAUGCCAGCACUAUAAGAAAAAACGAAUGGAGCAAGAAGAGACCAUUGCUUCUUUGCAGAAGGAUAUCUACAGAUUAACCAAAGAGGAAGAAGAGCGUGUUGUCACUCAAAACAGAGUGUUUGCCUAUCUCUGCAAGAGAGUUCCUCACACAGUCUUGGAUAAACAAUUGCUUUGUCUAAUUGAUUACUAUGAAUCUAAACUUCGAAAAUUCCAUGCACAAAGGCAGUGUAAGGAGGAUGACAGUCAGUCAGAAGAAAAAGACUACAGGAACCUGGAUGCCUCACCAAGUUAUAAAAGCCUUCUGAUGUCAUUACAGAAUCAACUCAAGGAAUCAAAAUCCAAGAUUGACACACUGUUAGGUGAGAAGCUGAGCCUCCAAAAAGAUCUGGAAAACAGGCCCACAGAACAUGAAUUAAGACUUUAUAAACAGCAGGUGAAGAAACUGGAAAAAGCCCUUAAGAAAAGCAUCAAAUUACAAGAGAUUAUUGGUCAAAAAAAGGCUGAUGACGUGGAGAAAAAAGAUGAGCCCCCCAAAGACAGCCGUCAACAGGCUCUAGUUGAUCAGAGAUACUUUCAGGUGCUGUGCAGCAUCAAUUCAAUUAUUCACAAUCCUCGAGCUCCAGUAAUUAUUUAUAAACAGAGCAAGGGAGGAGCCCAAAACUUCAAUAAAGAUAUGGUGCAAGAUUGUGGAUUUGAACAUCUCGUUCCUAUAAUAGAAAUGUGGGCAGAUGAACUGACAUCCUUAAAGGGUUUGUAUAAGUCCUUAAAAACGCUGUCUGCAGAACUGGUACCUUGGCAUAAUUUAAAGAAACCAGAUGAAAAUGAAGGUGUCAAAGUAGAAGAUCUGUUGUUUAUGGUAGAUACCAUGCUGGAAGAGGUUGAAAACGAGAAGGAGAGCAGCAACAUGCCAAACUUUCAAACUUUGCAAGCUAUUGUUUCUCACUUCCAAAAGCUAUUUGAUGUGCAGUCUUUAAAUGGAGUCUACCCCCGAAUGAAUGAAGUGUAUACCAGGCUUGGAGAAAUGAACAACGCUGUGAGAAACCUCCAGGAGCUCUUAGAAUUAGACAGUUCAUCCUCAUUGUGUGUGGUGGUCAGCACAGUUGGAAAAUUGUGUAAGAUAAUUAAUGAGGAUGUGAAUAAGCAGGUUAAACAAGUAUUAGGACCUGAUGACCUACAAAGCAUUAUCAACAAAUUAGAAGAACAUGAGGAGUUUUUUCCAGCGUUUCAAGCUUUUACUAAUGAUCUUCUUGAAAUCUUAGAAAUUGAUGACUUGGAUGCCAUUGUACCUGCAGUAAAGAAAUUAAAAGUACUUUCAUACUGAAAACAGAUCAAAUCAUUUUUACUGUGUAAAUUGUAUUCUUAACAUUUUAAGUAUUUGAAAGGACUGAUCCUGAAACAAGAUUCUAAAAUGUAUCAGCUCUCAGAAUUCGUCCUCUUACCAUUGGGUCAUUCUCAAUCCCUAUAAUUUUUAUUUUUUGAUUAUUUAAUAGAAAGUAACUUAAGUUAUUAAAAUAGUAGAUUAACUAUAGAUCCCUUAAUCAUUUCCUAAGUAAUGCUUGAAUGUUUUAAAAUGUAAUGGUUAUUUUAAGGAGAGAUUGUAUAUAACAAAAGAGACUCAGGGAGAGAUUGCAAAUUAUAGAAAGUUGCAUUUAAGUUCAAGGUUUAAUUGCUUUCUAAGCCCAACCAAUAGGAAGCCACUGCUUUCCAGGCAAAUAUUAAUGGACAUAUUCUAUUAAGAUACCUUUCAAAGCAGAAAGAAAAGAUGUUGUCUUUGUAUUAAGAUAGGAAGUUAAUCAUGAGGUAAAAUAGAUGAUUAGGUAGAGAUAUCUUUUAGCGAAAAUGUGUCUUUAUUUGCAAUACUGAUGUAAUGUACUUUUAUGAAUAAAUAAAAUCACAAAUAAAAUUUUUGUAAAGAA